GCCUUCUGUAGCAGAGUCGCCGGUAAAAUUCGCAGGACCCUAAGGAUCCAGGUAAUGCACCUAAUGCGCCAGACCAUUGCCUAGUCUAUCAUGCCAAUAACAUAUGUCGUAUUGUCCAGGAAUGCAUAACUUGGGGAGCCUGCAAUAAAUGAAUGUACGCCAUCUGUCAGUGUCCUCUCCAUGCCGUGUUGGUGAACAGGGGAAGCUGUUCCCUGUUGUCAGAACCCCCAUGUUACCUGAGAACUCGUUUAAGGGAAAGACAGUGUUCAUAACAGGAGGAGGUACUGGUCUGGGAAAAGGAAUGACAACAAUGCUUGCUCGACUCGGAGCUCAAGUUGUCAUUACCAGCAGGAGGAUAGAUGUACUUGAAAGUACUGCAGCUGAAAUUAGUAAGGAAACUGGAAGUAAGGUGCUUGCUGUGGCUGCUGAUGUGAGGAAGCCGGAGACUGUAGAGAAGGCUGUUGACCAAUGUGUUGAAGAGUUUGGACUACCACACAUUGUCAUCAAUAAUGCUGCUGGAAAUUUUAUAUCGCCAUCAGAGAGACUUUCUCCCAAUGCUUGGAAAACCAUCACAGACAUUGUACUAAAUGGCUCAGCCUAUGUAACUUUAGACAUUGGCAAGCGCCUCAUAGCUGCUGGACAGGGAGCUGCAUUCCUUUCAAUCACUACAAUAUAUGCAGAAAGUGGAUCAGCUUAUGUCUCUCCAAGUGCCGCAGCCAAGGCAGGAGUUGAAGCCAUGACAAAGUCUUUAGCAUCUGAGUGGGGAAAGUAUGGCAUCAGAUUGAACUGUCUCGCUCCAGGACCUAUCCACACAGUGGGUGCAUUUAGCCGCCUAGACCCUACUGGUCAGUUUAUUGACAAUGUGAAGGAAGUGAUGCCAGUUGGGCGCCUUGGUGAGGUAGAGGAGUUGGCAAAUCUGGCUAGCUAUCUGGUCAGUGACUAUGCUAGCUGGAUAACUGGAGAGGUUGUAAGAUUUGACGGAGGAGAAUUUAUUGGCAGAGCAGGAUCCUUUAACGAGCUUCGCCAAGUAACAAAUGAACAGUGGGACAUCAUGGAGGAAAUGAUUCGUAAAACCAAAGGAUCUUGAUGGCUUGAUUUAAUAGGAGAGUAGAGAUAACCACAUGGAUUUUGAUACAAUUUGCAAAUUAAAACCAGAUUCUGACUUAGGGCUAUUUCAGUAAAAUAUAAAUCCAAGGCAGGGACCCAGAAAAAAAUGUACGAUGGUUACUGGAGACAACACAGCGUUUAUAUCAUUUGAACUAAAUCACUUCUAUGGGUGGUCCCAUCGUACAAACCUGAAGUCCUUCUGUUGGGUAGAUAUUUGACUGGAAGGCCCCCCACUCUUGGUACUAUAUAAGAUCCCCAACACACAGGAUUUCAUAGGAGAUAAGAAUCUGGUUUUAAUCCGGUUGAUUUAUAUACUGAUUAUUGAAGAUGUGACAUGGACAAAGAUUAAAAUCCUUUGUGAUGAGUGAACUUUCUGUCGGGAGUGUGGCCUAACGGUUUGUUUUGUAUGAUAUGUUUAUUUUAACAUGUUUUUCAAGUACACUACCUAUGUAUUUAUAGUGGAAAUUAUUGGUGCAAGUGUUUCAGAUCGUUUAUAUGAAGGCUGACGUAACUGCUAGAGUCACUGGUAGUCGCAAGUAGUGAAUUACCUCCCAUUAUACUGCUUGGUUGUUUUUCCAUCCUGUAAAAAAAAUUAUCUUACCACUACUAUAUUUGGACUAUCUGAAUUAUUUAUCUCAUUUUCAUGAAGAUUCUGUCAAUAAAAUCUAGGAUUGUAAUCAUAGAAAUCAUAACCGGAUAACCAUACGUGUUUGUUGGAAAUACUAGCUAGAAGUUUAUAUCAUACAGAAUCUUCUUAAUGCUGUGAUACAAUUUUGAACUGAUACAGACUGAUGUCAGUCUGCCACUGUUUACUGGUAUUCUGCUGAAAAUAAUCACAUUAAAGUGAUUUGUAAGUGAAAAAUGUGUCAAAGUUAUUUAUGAUUUAUGAUUAUAAACUGUAUUAUUAUUAAAAAAAAACUAUACCCGGAUAUUCUGUUAUAUUCUUAAUCAAUUCUGCCCUAUGUUAGUGCUAAAUUCUUAACAAUGUUCUUUUUUCUACUUUAUAAGUUCACUGUAUAUGUAGGAAGACAGGUGGCUUUAUCAAAUGUUUAUUAUUUUGUGAAGAGUUAAAAUUUUGUACUCGUGUCCUAUUCUGUGAUGCUGUAAGGACUCUAGGCCUACCAGUCUUGACAUGAGAAUAUUUGUUUAAUAAAUUAUUUUUUUACAAUUU